UGAAGAAGAAAAAACUGUGGUGGAAGAAAACAAAAACCGACCGCAGCGAACAUUCCUUUCUUAUUGGCGCUAAAACAACAACUAAGGUUAAGACGCCAGUAACAGCUCCACGCGCUUCCACACACGCUGCCGCGCCUACGAACUUUCCUGAACACAUGGCAGAGUCCAAGGCGGAAACGGAGCUGAAGAAAGCGAACGGAAAGCAAUUGCAGACACAAAAACCGGAGGAGAAGGACUCGGAUCCCUCUCUGACUGGGGACGACUUCGUGAUUGUACCAACGGAAGAACCUGAUAAACCGGUGGAGACUCCGAAUCAAGAUCAGAGUCUGGGCGACCAAACAGAAAAUUACAGAACGCUGUCCGGGUCGAGGAAAUCGGUUCAUUGGAGCCCCGAAUUGGUGACCGAAUCACCAGCUUCGGAUCACAACAACGUCUCCGCUCCUAACGGGUCCAAUUCCUACGUUGCUCCCGCAUCAUCUUCAUCCUCCUUCAAAGGGAAGAUGGAAACUGUGAAAGAUGUGCUUGGAAGAUGGGGGAGGAAGGUCGGAGAAGCCACGAGGAAGGCGGAGGAUCUGGCCGGAAACACAUGGCAGCACCCUGAGGAUAGUUUGUUAGUGGAAAAUUUAAGGUUAUUGCGCCCGGUUUAGUCUUUUCUUGAUAAUUUUACAGGACUAGAAUAGACGUGUGCUGGAUAA